UCUCGAUGACACGAGCGUCACGGACGUGGGUACGCGUUCGUCGCGCGCAGCAAUCCUAUACCGCGAUCGGCCGUCGUGCGUCACCGGUGUGUGCUGCGACCGUAUGACCAGUUCUCGAUGUCGGCGCGACGACGCUUCCGGUUUCCGGCGCGACACGCGCGCCGUUCUCGGGAUCCGCGACCCGCCGCGUAGCUGUUGCUGCUCGCGCCAUCCGGCGCCGGCCGAAUGACGACGACCAGCGACGACGCGUCAAAUGUUUGAGCCACGGGCGGAGGAGGGCGCGCAAAUCCCCGGCGGGAUGCGGCUUAUGAGAUGGAGCAUAACGCGCCGACUGGAGUCGCGCGGGUCUAACAAGUCGCGGCUGGAGAAGAGCCCGGCCCAGGAAGAGGAGAAUGACUUCACUUCGGACGGCGAGGAAAGCGGCGGUGGCGGGGCAAUUGGCGAGGAGGCCGUCGAUCUCACGGCGGCGAGGCCGCAUCAGGGCGACGACGACGACAAGGACGCCGAGGACCCUCUGGAAGAGGACGAGGAAGAAGGCGUCGACGAGCAGGAGGAUCAGGAUGAAGACGAGGAGGGCUCUCGCAAGCAGAUCCGCCAUCGGCAAGACGCGGAGAACAACAAUAAUUUCGUGGAGAGCGGUACGGCAUCCGCCAUCUUUCCGCCCGCUGGAACUAGUCACGUCACCCUCGAGGCUCUGCAAAACACGAAGGUGGCGGUAGCGCAGUUCGCCGCGACUGCCCUCGCCGGUGGUGCUGACAGCGAGGCGGCUCUGCAGGAUCUGGCUUUUCUGCAGAGCACGUUGUACACGCUGCAGCAUCAACAGGUAUUCCAGUUGCAGCUGAUCAGCCAGCUACAGCAGCAAUUGUCGAUAACUCACGGGCAGACAGUGCCGCAGGUAUCGACGACUGAGCCAGCCGACAGCAAGGAGGCGUCGCCGUCUCCGAUCAUUCACACGAAACCGUUGUCGACUCUCACGUCGCCGCCGACUUCGCGACCGCCGAGCCACCAUCAGCAGACGUCGCCGGCGCCGAUGACGCCGAGUCUGCUUCAAGAGCGGCCGACGAGCAGCGCCUCCCCGUUGAGCCUACCCCUGUCCACGGCGAGCGUGACGUCGACCACCGCCGCCACGACCGCCUGCAGCCAGAUCUCCCAGCCGAUACCGCACUGCUCGAUAAGCUCGUCCCUCGCCUCGUCGAUCAUAACGAACACGGACCCGCCGCCGCUACACGAGCCGAACACCCUCGAGAUGCUGCAGAAACGCGCCCAGGAGGUGCUGGACAAUGCGAGCCAAGGCCUCUUGGCUAACAAUCUCGCCGACGAGCUCGCGUUCAGAAGCGGCAAAGGCUCGCGCCUACCACCGUACGACUCGAAGUCGAGCGGCCGCGGCGAGCCCUUCUUCAAGCACCGGUGCCGAUAUUGCGGCAAGGUCUUCGGUAGUGACUCCGCCUUGCAGAUCCACAUACGAUCCCACACAGGUGAGCGACCCUUUAAGUGCAACGUCUGCGGCAGCCGGUUCACGACCAAGGGCAACCUGAAGGUCCACUUCCAGAGGCAUACGGCCAAGUUUCCGCACGUUAAGAUGAAUCCGAAUCCCGUUCCAGAACAUCUUGACAAGUACCACCCACCCCUCUUGCAGCAAAUCGCUUCUGGGCAGAGGCCAAUGCCGUCCCCGCCGCCGCCGCCGCCGCCGCCGCCCUCUCAUCAUCCCUCGUUUCAUCCGGCGGCAACGCACAAUUUCCUACCACCUCAGCCGCCCAUACCUCUGAGCCUCACCUUGCCCGGUAUGCCACCCAUUUACCGACCGCCGAAUAUUAAUCACCGGGACGAUCAGGAUGUGCCGGAGAACCUUAGUAAACCCGUAACCGUCGCCCCGUCGACGUCCCCGCAUUCCCCCGUCGCCAUGUCGAACUCUCGUCAUUCCUUUCACGACAAUCACCAACAACAACAACAGAAGCAGCAGCUCGAGCAAAGGGAGGAGAUCAAGCUCGAGCAGAGAUCGCCCGGGCAGGAGCAAUACCGGCCGACGAGCCAAGAGAACGCCGAGCGAAUAACCCCGAAGAGGGAGCCCGAUGACGCGGAGGAGGCCGUCGAGGAGGAAGCCGAAGACUACGAAGAGAGCACGAGGCGAUACUUGAAUUCCCCUCAAUCCUCGGUCAAUCCGUCGUCGCAGCCGCAGACGUACGAGGACUGCAGCAUGGACAGCAAGAUCAGCGGCCGUCUAGAAGGCGACGCUGACCUGGAGCUGGACGAGGAGACGGAGGAGCAACCGGAGAACCUGUCCGGCAGGGGCGCGAUCGGCCGGCUGCCGCAACAGAUCGUCGCCUAUCCGGGAGCGUCUCCGGCCAGCAGCAGCGCGAGCAGCGGUAGCCUCCAGACCUCCUUCGCCGGGAUCCUCUUCCCAGGGCCGCCGGCGCACCAUCAGAUAUCCCACCUGUCGGCGUCGACCGGUGGUGCGACGCCAGCCGUCUCCGAGAUGAUCGACCCGGCCAAGGACCCGGCGAUCUACUCGAGCCUGCUGCCGCGACCGGGCAGCAACGACAACUCCUGGGAGAGUCUGAUCGAGAUCACGAAAACCUCGGAGACGUCCAAGCUGCAGCAGCUGGUCGACAACAUCGAGCACAAGCUGACCGACCCGAACCAGUGCGUCAUCUGCCACCGAGUGCUCUCCUGCAAGAGCGCCUUGCAGAUGCAUUACCGCACCCACACGGGCGAGCGUCCGUUCAAGUGCAAGAUCUGCGGCCGCGCCUUCACCACGAAGGGCAACCUGAAGACCCACAUGGGCGUGCACCGGGCGAAGCCCCCGUUGAGAGUGCUGCACCAGUGCCCCGUCUGUCACAAGAAGUUCACGAACUCGCUGGUGCUCCAGCAGCACAUACGCCUUCACACCGGCGAGCCCACCGAUCUCAGCCCGGAGCAGAUCCAAGCGGAGGAGGUGAACGAGUUUCCGUCCGGCUACCACCACCAUCCGCUGGCGUCCUUCCUGCCGCAGGCGUUCCCGCCGUUGCAUCCGACCGGCGGUAGCUUCCUGGGAUUCCCCCCGAGGCAGGUGACGACGCUCGAGCGGCAGACGCAGGAGAACGACAUGGAGCCGAAGGAGGAGCGGCAGCAGCAGCCGCCGAGAUUCAUGGAGGAUCACGGCGAGGAAGUGGAGGAUCAAGAGGAGGACGAGAAGGACCGCAGGGAGGACGACGAGAGGUGCGAGGUGAGUCGGCGCAGCGCCGAGGACGAGCAGGAGCACGAAGACACCGAGCACAAGGACAUCGCGCUGCCGAUGUUCUCGACGUCGCUGGCGGCUCUCGAGAAUCAAGUCAGGACCAUUACCACCACCGCGACGACCACGGUGGCGAACGUCGCCAGGUCGCCGUCCUUUCACCGGUUUCACAACGGCAGCGAGAAAAGCGACAGUCCGCCGACGUCCGGCGCGCCGCUCGACCUGACCCCGCGCGCCUCGUCGACGCCGGCCUCGGUGGCGUCAGCGUCGCCGACACCGCCGCCCCAGACGCACCAUCCGCCGCCGCAUCCCUUCGGCAUGUUCGCAGGGCUGCUGCAAGCGGUCUCCUCGACCCCCGCCACGAGCACGAUGGGCUCGUCGAGCAUAAACAGCGUCGCCUCGAUGAGCGCCGUGACGCCGGGCACCGGUGGCAGCGGACCGUUAGCUUCCCUGACCACCUCGGCCGUACUAGCCGCGACGUCCUCCUACAAUCCGCUCGGUCUAGCUGUCGGAGGGUCAGCAGUACGUGGAAACACCACAUGUAAUAUCUGCUACAAGACGUUCGCGUGCAACUCCGCAUUAGAGAUUCAUUACCGGAGUCAUACGAAGGAGCGACCUUUCAAAUGCACCAUAUGCGACCGAGGCUUUUCCACGAAGAACGACGGUUCCGGUCAGCAAGUAUGCUCCUGCGCGGACCAACCCUUCGCCGCGAAGGGUUCGAUCCCCCCACAACCCGAUCCCCAAUAUCACUCGUACCCGGCGAGAUCGGCCGACGGAAGUCGUGAGAAACCGAAACGCAGGCGGCGGCGGCCUGAGGAGCGGAAGAACCGGGGGCGGACAGGAACAGGAGGGGGGCGAAGGCUGACGUCUGUUUAUCCUGUCGUCCGCCUGCCCCCGCUGAUGCCACCCGCCCUCGGACUUCUACCCUCGGACCACGUCUUCCUGGGUAAUAUGAAGCAGCAUAUGCUGACUCACAAGAUCCGCGAUAUGCCGCCACAUCUGUUCAGCGACGCCAAACACCAGCAGCAUCAGCAGCAACAGCAGCAGCAGCAGCAAUCGCAGGAUCACGAGACUUCCAGGAGUCCUAUGGGCACCGACGACUCGAGCCUACCGCCCCCGCCGCCCCCGCCGCCGCCGCCACCGCCGAUGCCGCCGACGUCCAUCGAGUCGGCGAUGCCGGUGAAAAGGUCACCGCCGGACGGAAAUCUGCCAGCGCCGAAGAGAUCAGCCAGCGUGCCGAGCAAGCACUUGUGCCAGAUUUGCAAUAAGAAUUUCUCCUCGUCUUCGGCGCUCCAGAUCCAUAUGAGAACCCACACUGGCGACAAACCAUUCCCAUGCCACGUCUGCCAGAAGGCCUUCACCACCAAAGGCAACCUCAAGGUGCACCUGGGCACUCACAUGUGGUCCAACGGGGCGUCGCGCCGAGGCCGACGAAUGUCACUGGAUCUGCCGCCCCUGCCAAUCACGCCCAAGGACUCGGAGUUUCUGCAACGACGGCCGGAUCUCUUUUACCCCUACCUUCCCGCGCCGUUCCUUAACGGCGUCCAGCAGAAGCUGAACGAGAUCUCGGUGAUACAAAGUAACAACGGGCUGCCGCCGCACUCCGUGGGCGCGGGCAAGUACGCGAGCCUGUUCGGCUCGGUGUACGGCGCCGGCGGCGGCGGUUUCCCGCUGGACAAGCAGCCGACGGCGGCGAGCAGCAACGGGCCGUUGGUGGACGGGAAGCCCGCGAUCCCCUCGGGCUCCAUGCUCUUCCAGACGCCGUCGCCGUCGCAUUCGCCCGGCACGCCGUCCUCGAACAGCCAGAACUCCGCCGGCGCGGUGACCGCCUGGACCGGCGAGGCCCUCCAGCACCACUUCGAGCGGGAGACGCCGAGCAGAGGUGAGAGCGACGCGACGCCACCCGCCGCACGGCUGCCGCCGCCGCCGACCCGGGGCGAGGGACUGGCCGCGUGAGAACCUCGACGAAAUACAUAUCUCACCGCCUCGUAGAAGGCCGCGACGACGUUCGCCGCCGAGGGCUUAGAGGCUGAUCGUAUGAUCGAUUCCUUCGAGAGAACU